AUGUCUUUAGUAAAUGAUAUAAACCAACAACGCCUUUCCUUGGCAGCCGAAGAAUCUCUAGGAAACUUGAACAAACUAAACGUUCGCCAACAGCAUGUGAAUCGUUUGUCUGCGCCGCCUGCAAUGGAAGUAACAGGUCUCGAAGAUAAUAAACCUGAUCGACUAGUUUUAAACAAAUUUAUCCUGUACGAAACGAAAACGAAUUAUUAUAUUGUUGGAUCUAACCUGAGUGACAAUAGGUUUCGUUUUCUGAAGAUUGAUCGAACUUCGCCCAAUGAGCUCAACGUAAUUGAAGAUGAUGGUAUAUAUUCAAAACAGGAAAUCAACGAUAUAUUGGCUGUUCUCGAAGAAGGAAACAGGGUAUCGGGGGGGUUGAAAACAAUUGUGACGGCAUAUGGUAUUGUGGAAGGAUAUUACAUCUCUUUAAUUACCAAAAGGAGUGUUGUUGCUUUGAUUGGUGGUCAUUACAUAUACCAUAUCGAUGAGACUCUUUUGCGACCAAUUGGUUCACAGAAUAAACCCGAGAAAAAUUCGGAUGAGUACAAAUACAUCGGUGCGCGUUUCCUGAAACGCGGAGUUAAUGAUCAAGGUUACGUGGCCAAUGAUGUAGAAACGGAACAAAUAGUGUCCGAGAUGAGUACGACUUCAUUUCAUCGUUCUGGAACGCGAUUGUAUGAUAAUCCACACUACACAUCAUAUGUGCAGCACCGGGGGUCAAUACCUCUCUUUUGGUCCCAGGACACUAACAUGUCACCGAAACCGCCUAUAAUGAUCAACUUUCGAGACCCAUUUUAUUCGGCUGCAGCACUGCAUUAUGAUAAUAUGUUCAAACGUUAUGGUGCACCUAUAAUUGUAUUAAAUUUGAUCAAGACAAAGGAAAAAAAUCCCCGAGAAUCGAUUUUAGGCGAUGAGUUCGAAGAAACCAUGAAGUAUUUGACACAAUUCCUACCGGAGAAUUGCCUCAGAUAUCAGGCUUGGGAUAUGUCGAAAGCUAGGAAAAGUGACGAUGAUGUUAUGGAGCUUAUGGAGGGAUUUGCAGAGGAAUACCUGGCCGCUACCGGAUUCUUUCACAGCGGACCCGAAGCUUUCAUUAACGUGUUACGAAAAGAAGAAACUCAAGGAAAACCUCAAACCCGUCGCAUGUCAUUUCGUCAGAAUGGAGUGGUUAGAACAAAUUGCAUUGAUUGUUUAGAUCGUACAAAUGCAGCUCAAUUGAUUAUUGGCAAGUGCGCACUGGGCCAUCAGCUUUAUGCGUUGGGCAUUAUCGACGAACCACGGGUACCUGUAGAUUCAGAUGUGGUCAACAUGUUGACAGAUAUGUAUCACGAUCACGGUGAUACCAUUGCAUUUCAAUAUGGUGGUUCUAAUUUAGUGAAUACAAUCGACUCUUAUCGUAAAAUCAAUCAAUGGACCAGUCAUUCCAGAGAUCUAAUAGAAAAUAUAAGGAGAUAUUAUAACAAUGCAUUCGCAGAUGCCGAUAAGCAGGACGCGAUCAACCUUUUCCUUGGUAAUUUUGUGCCACAAAAAGAUCGACCACAUUUGUGGGAAUUACCAAGUGACUAUUUCUUACACAACGGGGACCCUCGCUUCAAAAGGCCACGAAGAAGUUAUAUUAAAUGGUGGACUAAUGAAGCACUCUUGCCAAGGGAAGAUCAAGAACAAGAUAGUGCUCGAUACAGGCUGGUGCCACGUUUGGCUCGUCAGUUUGAUGACGAAUGUGACCCUUUUGCUGGAUAUUGGGUUGAAUAUUAUCGUCCUAGACUAUUCACAUCAUUUGAUAAAUUGUUUGCGAUUAACAUGAAUAAAUACGUGCGCCGAGCAAAUCUACCGAACCCCAUAACGGACAUAAGAACGCAAGCGGCAGAUGAAAUGAUGUAUGAAGAUUGUCUUGACAUACCCAAGAGGUAUGCAAUGAUGCAAGCUGUAGGAUCAAAUCAACAUGGUGGUGCAAAAAGUCGGUAUCAGGCCUAUGAUGCAUGGCUAAGAACAGGAAAAUUGAUGAGUAACAGUAAAUCUUCGGAAUCCAGAUCGAAGAUUAGUGAAAAAAGUGCAAAAAAUGAAACAUAUAGAAAGAAGUUUAGAGAGAGUCAAAUUAAGGAACAAAUACGAGAGAUAGUUUAA